CUCUACGCAGCCUGCGUGCUACGACUAGAAGUAACAACAUCUCCCGGCGGAGUUCAAGUUGGACUCAGCAGUUAACCUGCUUCGACUUCCAGCAGUGAUAGAAGUCGGCGACAAGCUAUUGCGGACGGGUACGAACCUGCGUCUGCCCUUGGCCGCGGGGCGAAAUUCAAUAGUCUCUUUUUUUGAAGCACCGCGAGCAACCGAGUCGUCUUUGUCAUAGCACGGUUCGGAUUUUUCGUCCCGUCUGCACCGAUCUUCAGUUUCCGUGUGGUCACGAUUAGGUAUUUGCAAAGAUGGAUUCGUCAAGAGGCCCUCCGCGGGUCAAGAACAAGGCGCCUGCGCCAGUGCAGAUAUCGGCAGAGCAAUUGCUGCGGGAGGCCGUCGACCGACAAGAGCCCGGGGUGCAGGCGCCGACGCAGCGGUUUGCGGACCUGGAAGAACUGCACGAGUUCCAGGGGCGGAAGCGCAAGGAAUUUGAAGACUAUGUGCGGCGCAACCGGAUCAACAUGAACAACUGGAUGCGGUACGCGCAGUGGGAGCUGGAGCAGAAGGAAUACCGACGGGCGCGGUCGAUCUUUGAACGAGCAUUGGACGUAGACAGCACACAUGUGGCGCUCUGGAUCCGAUACAUCGAGGCGGAGAUGAAGACGAGGAACAUCAACCAUGCGCGCAACCUGCUGGACCGGGCCGUGACGAUCUUGCCCCGCGUCGACAAGCUGUGGUACAAAUAUGUGUACAUGGAGGAGACGCUGGGCAACAUUCCCGGAACCCGGCAGGUGUUUGAGCGCUGGAUGAGCUGGGAGCCCGACGAGGCCGCGUGGCUGGCGUACAUCAAGCUGGAGAAACGGUAUGGCGAAUACGAUCGUGCCCGCGCCAUCUUCGAGCGCUUCACUAUCGUCCACCCGGAGCCCCGGAACUGGAUCCGCUGGGCAAAGUUCGAGGAGGAAAACGGGACAAGUCAGCUUGUCCGUGAUGUCUAUGGUGUUGCCAUUGAGACCCUCGGCGACGACUUUAUGGAUGAGAAAUUGUUUAUUUCCUACGCUCGCUACGAGGCGAAGCUCAAGGAGUACGAGAGGGCAAGGGCCAUCUACAAGUAUGCUUUGGACAGAUUGCCGCGCUCGCGUGCGGCCCUGUUGCAUAAGGCCUACACGCAGUUUGAAAAACAGUUUGGCAAUCGUGAGGGCGUCGAAGAUGUCAUCUUGGGGAAACGGAGAGUCCAAUAUGAGGAGCAGGUCAAGGCCAAUCCGCGCAAUUAUGAUGCUUGGCUCGAUUUCGCCAGGUUGGAGGAAACUGGAGGCGACGUCGAGCGUGUCAGAGACGUCUACGAGAGAGCCAUCGCCCAAAUCCCGCCUUCGCAGGAAAAGCGCCACUGGCGGAGGUAUAUCUAUCUUUGGAUUUUCUAUGCUAUAUGGGAAGAGCUGUCCGACAAGGACAUUGAGAGGGCCCGCCAAGUGUACCAAGAGUGUCUGAAGCUGAUCCCGCAUAAGAAAUGGACGUUCGCCAAGAUCUGGCUUUUAAAGGCGCAAUUUGAGAUCCGGCAGAUGCAGCUGCAGGCGGCAAGGAAGACGCUGGGCCAGGCCAUUGGCAUGUGCCCCAAGGACAAACUGUUUCGGGGCUACAUCGAGCUGGAGAAGCAGUUGUUCGAGUUUGGCCGGUGUCGUACGCUGUACGAGAAACAGCUUGAAUGGAAUCCAUCCAACAGUCAGGCGUGGAUCCAGUUCGCAGAGCUGGAGCGUGGACUCGACGAUUUGGACCGCGCGCGGGCCAUCUAUGAGCUGGCCAUUGACCAGCCCACUUUGGACAUGCCGGAACUGGUGUGGAAGGCUUAUAUUGACUUUGAGGAGUAUGAGGAGGAAUACGACCGUGCGCGGGCGUUGUAUGAGCGACUUCUCGGCAAGACCGACCACGUCAAGGUCUGGAUCAAUUAUGCCCGGUUCGAGAUCAACGUGCCGGAUCCCAACGAGCCGGAAGUUGGUGAAGACGAAGAAGCCCGUGUCAGCGAGGACGCCAAGAGACGGGCUCGUAAGAUUUUCGAGCGUGCCCAUGAGCUCUUCAAGUCUAAAGAGAUGAAAGAGGAACGGGUGGAUUUGCUGAAUGCCUGGCGGUCAUUCGAACAGACGCACGGCUCGCCCGAGGAUAUUGAAAAGAUCGAGAAACAGAUGCCUCGGAAGGUCAAGAAGAGGAGAAAGAUCGAGGAGGACCGGUUCGAAGAGUACAUCGACUAUGUCUUCCCGGCGGACGACGAGAGCGCGGCCAAGAUGUCCAAACUGUUACAGAUGGCCCACCAGUGGAAAGCCAAGCAGCAAGUGGCCGAUGGAGGACAAUAAUAAAGGCGGUGCCGUCUUGUAUCUUGCCAUGCUGUGGUUGAUGUGUUCUUCAGAAGCGUUGAUUCUCCCAAAUUGGCAGAGCAGAAGCGCAAAUUGGCCCAACAGGAGUGCAUCAACCCCCUACCCAGCGAUAAUAAAACUCGGGGACAGAUGCCGCGUCGAGUCUUCUUUUCAUUCAUCAAGAAGUUGCGAAUAUGCCAGCCAGAUGCUGGGUUUCAGUCUCCGGUAGCGUCAAUCCAUGACCGUCAGGGUCAAUGCAGACUCUCGUUCUGCGUGGUGACGAUGCGGUCCACUGCAUUUGAGAUGUGCGAUGCGUUCUCUGGGAGAGAACAAACCCUCAAGAGGUUUUCUUCCGUGCGCGCUUGACUGGGGCCAGGGGGUAAGAUAGACAGCCUCCUAGUCGUAGGAUGCACACCUGGGUACCAAGCAAACCAGAACCAGGUGUCCUGCAGGGUACAUGUACCAAACUAAGGGCAUCAAUUCAACCAGUUCGAAGUCCGAGAUCUUGAUGAGCGGUAUGUUCUCGAUUUCGAUAUUAAGCACUGGGCGCCGCAUAAUAGUAGUAAUAGUGAUGAAUCGCCGCCACAUCCUGUCGCGUCUGUUCGUUGGCGUUGGCUGCGUUGCUGCCGCCAUCUUCGCGGUGGUCGUCGACUGCCACUGGUUGAUAGGAGGCAGCCGAUGGACCAUAAGAACCAUAAUAAUCAUGACCAUGGUGGUCCAAGUUCCAAUCCAGGUUCAAGUUCCAGAUACUGCCAUUGGUUCCGCCUAAACUUCGACUUGGACUAUUAGUACCGCUAUCCUUGAUAGUAGUUGUAGAGUCUUGUGCGGCAGCGGCAGCAGCAGCAGCAGCAGCAGUCAGCCGCGGUGGUCUCAUGGCUGAGGGCUCGUUGAAGAAGUCGUCAUCACUACAGGUACCAUCGAAUAUCCCGCUGCCAGUGGUGGAUGAGGUGAAGCCGGUUGUGUGGAGGAUGAUUUGAACGAGGGCACGGAGGGUCAUGAUUGGACUUUGGACAACUUGAAGUCGGCAAAGGAGAAAGAGAAUUAGACAGACCGAAGGAGAGAGGACUCUUAAUGGAGGUAGAUAUCCUGUUGAAGGAAUAAAUACUAGUACUACAUUGUAUGCCGGUGGUUGUUGCAAUGGUGUAAUGCUACUACUACAGUCGUAUGUCGGAGAGGGGGUAGGCGCAAGGAUGAGUGAGGCUGAAG